UUCAUGAGAAUUGGCAUGCAGGUAGAUGCAGACGCGACUGCGAGUACCCAGUUGUCCUUAUCUCUUUCGUUCGCAAGUGAUAAGUUGACAGCUGUGAGUUCUGCUAACGUAAACAUGUCCGGACUUUUGGAACCUACUUUGUAUGUGAUCAAAGGUAUUGCCAUCCUUGACAAUGAUGGCAAUAGACUGCUAGCCAAAUAUUAUGAUCCAACAGUCUUCCCCACAGUAAAAGAUGAGAAAAAAUUUGAAAAAAACCUCUUCCAAAAGACCCACAGAGCAAACGCAGAGGUCAUCAUGCUGGAUCGUCUCACUUGUGUUUACCGCUCCAAUGUGGACCUCUUCUUUUAUGUGAUGGGAUUAUCACAUGAAAAUGAGCUUAUCCUCGUGUCAGUUCUCAGCUGUUUAUAUGAUGCUGUUUCGUCUAUAUUACGAAAGAAUGUGGAAAAGAGGACGUUGUUGGACAAUUUGGACAUCAUUAUGUUAGCGAUGGAUGAGAUUUGUGACGGAGGAGUGCCCCUGGAAACUGACCCUCAGGUAGUUAGUCAACGUGUAGCAUUACGUAUGGAAGAAAGUCCUUUCAACGACCAAACCGUAACACAGCUGGUGCAAGUACUAAUGGGCGCUCCUUAAACCUCUCUUCCCCAUUCCCCCACUGCUCAUUGUCCCAUGUUCUGCAGUCAGCCCGUGAGCAACUGAAAUGGUCUUUACUAAAGUGAUGAGUGAGCCAGGAGUUCAGAGGUUGUAUGCAGUGUUUUUAGGAUCAAGGAAUUUUUAAUAGCUAGGUGUUUUGUAAUUGUGGAAUUCUUUGGUCUCCUCCUUUCUCUUAUUUAAUACUAUUAGUGUAGUAAUAUUGUUUCAGUAUAAAUUUUUUGUCAUUCCUGAGAGAGCUUUGUCUUUAAGGUAGGAGUUACAGAGAUUGUGUAAUAUUUAGAUUAUAUAUAUAUACCAUGUAGUCUCAAAAUUUGAGCAAGUUGCCACUUCAUGGUUGUUAAGAAAACUUGUUUGUUACACUCAUAAAUAAGUUUUUGAUAAUUAUAAA